ACCUUCCUCAGGCCUUCUUCACCGGGCUUCUUUUCCAUUGCUUAACCUUUGUUGGUGUACUUAGGUUCCCACCCCUGCUCUCAUCUCUCCACUAUGGAGUUUCCUGGACUCUCCCUGUUUGCCCUUCUCAUCAUGUUCGGAGCUGCUCGUGGAUACAGUGGCGGAUGGUCUAGUGCACAUGCUACCUUCUAUGGAGGUAGUGAUGCGUCUGGGACUAUGGGAGGAGCCUGUGGGUAUGGGAACCUCUACAGCCAAGGUUAUGGUACCGACACUGCGGCGCUGAGCACUGCUCUGUUCAACAAUGGCCAGAGCUGUGGAGCUUGUUUUGAGAUCAUGUGCGGGAGUGACAAUGGAUGGUGUCUCCAGGGGUCGAUCAUUGUCACUGCGACCAACUUCUGCCCGCCCAACAACGCUCUCCCCAGCGACAAUGGCGGAUGGUGCAACCCUCCCCGGCAGCACUUCGAUCUCUCUCAGCCGGUUUUCCAACGCAUCGCGCAAUACAAAGCAGGCAUUGUUCCUGUUCAGUACAGAAGAGUUCCUUGUGCGAAGAAGGGGGGCAUCAGGUUCACGAUCAACGGCCACUCCUACUUCAACUUGGUCCUGAUCACCAACGUUGGUGGUGCUGGGGACGUGGUGGCGGUGUCCAUCAAGGGGUCGAGGACCGGGUGGCAGCCGAUGAGCCGCAACUGGGGACAAAACUGGCAGAGUAACAGCUGCCUGGACGGCCAGUCCCUCUCUUUCACGGUCACCACCAGCGACGGCCACAGCGUUACGUCGGCGAACGUCGCGCCACCCAACUGGAGCUUCGGCCAGACCUACUCCGGCGCCCAGUUUUGAGCUACUCCGGAGUGACAAAGACAGCAACAACACAGCUUCCUCUUAACUCCAGUAGUGGUCUAAUUAAGCAAGUGUUAAGCAUGCUGUGGAGCCAUGGACGGGCUCUCUUUUGAAAUGGCCCUCAGGAUGUCCAUGGUUUUACUGAUCUGAUGUCCUGUAUUGUUCUUUCUUUCUUUCUUUCUUUUCCUUUUGUUUACAAUCUCUUCCUGUCUACUAUAUGGCGGCAGAGGAGAGACAGCACCACAAGGGGUGGCUCGAAGUGGGGUCUUUCUAGGAUUAUUAGAGAAGAGAGACUGGGUUGAUGCUGUGCUAGUCUUGCUUGAUCGGUGGGAGUGGCUGAGGUGAACAACUGCAGGUUGGUCACCCGCCCAUGAAGGUUUUUUCUUUCAUGUCAUCUCCAUGGUUUUUAAGGGUGUCUGUAAUCAGCAUUGUUGCUGAAACAUCAUAUGCAAUAUUGAAGUAGAUAUAUAUAUAUAGACAUAUUCCUAUGA